GGCAACCUCGGGAUGCUGGUGGGGUCCGCGCCGGAUGGUUCCAGACUUUUGCGCCAAAACGCGCGCAGCCGAGCAAUCCAUGGCGUAACCGACAUCAAUCACAGCUCGUGGACGACAAGCACAGACAAACCCUGGCAGGAAAUCCAAGCGGUUCAAACCUCAUCUUGCUACCACGACGGUAUUCGAGAGUCUUCUCCGUGAGGACAAGGUACAAGGCAUCUGACAGCCUGCCAAGACGGCCACUUGCCCGGAAACCUUGCCGAGCGCAGUGCCCCUCCACCUGGGCAUCAUCACCAACAAGACUCACCUCGGACACCAGCGACGAGUCCCUGAGAUGGCCGCGUCACAGCCGCUGCGGGUCGGCUUCGUCCCGGAGCACUUCUCGACCCCGAUUCACUUUGCGCAGAAGCAUUUCGGCCUCGACGCACAGCUUAUUCCCUUCCCCUCCGGGUCUGGGCACAUGAUUAUCUCUCUCCGGGCCGGCGAGAUCGACAUCGCCAUCGGGCUGACUGAGGCAUGGAUCGCCGGCCUCGGCAAGCCAGACGUCGAAGGCGACGGCGGCUACCGCAUCAUUGGCAACUUUGUUGAGACCCCUCUCUGCUGGGCGGUCUCGACCGGAGCCAAGCGCGCAGACAUCACCUCCCUCGAGUCUCUCAGGGGCAGUAAACUGGGCAUCUCGCGGAUAGGAUCCGGCAGCCACGUCAUGGGCUACGUGCUCGCAGAUCAGCAGGGCUGGUCCGCGCCGUCGCCGCCCUCGUCCUCCGUCUCGUCGGCUUCAGACACUGGCAGUGACAGCCCGUAUGCCGACAGCGUGGUCCUGCAGACGUUUGCGAACCUGCGAGCCGCUGUCAAUGAUAGCACGGCCGACUUCUUCAUGUGGGAGCACUUUACAAGCAAGCGCUACUUUGACAACGGCGAGAUCCGGAGGCUCGGGGACAUCUACACCCCGUGGCCGAGCUGGCACAUCGUGGCCACGACCAAGGUCCUCUCGUCGGACGACGGCAAGGCCAAGGUUAAGGACUUGCUGGCGAAGCUCGACCAGGGCAUAGAGUACUUCCAAGGCCACCACGACGAGGCUGUUCAGUACAUUAGCACGGAGCUCGAUUACUCGGAGGAAGAUGCGAGGGAGUGGCUCAAGACGGUCAGGUUCUCUGAGAGGACAGAAGGGGUCAAUCCGGAUGUGGUCCAGAACUGCAUGCGUGUGCUGUGGAAAGCCGGGGUGCUGGUUGAGGGCAAGGGCCUCGGAGGGGAGGAGAUGUAUGCCAAGCAGCUGGGGGCAUGACCGAGUGUCUGGCUGCGGAUCAUGUUGAAAAGAAAAAAUCGCUUGCGAAAAUGUAUCGACGAUAAAGUGCGAUUGACGAAUCAAGAAAAGUUCCUCUUUGAUGAAAAGA